UAUUUGUUUUCCACCGUCGCGAACUCCUCGUCGAUUUUCCUCUCGAUUUAUCUUCCAGACUAACGCCGCGAAUUAAUUUCUCGAGUUAUCGUUGAUUAAAUUUGAAUUUUUAAUUUUAAUGACCUCUAAAUCACCUGAAUACAUUUUCAACUUGUAUUUUUAAAUCGGAUAAAUAAUUUUCAAUAAAAAUGGGCGGAAAUCAGGGGAAAAAUUCAAAGAUUCUGUCCCAGACACCACCUGCUGGAACAUUUUCCACGGUAAAAGGUGACAGUCGUGGCGAGGACACCGGAAGAACGAGUGACACCGGAAGGAAACAAGUGAGAAACAUGUCGAGUCUCGAGAGAGAUAGAUUAGGACAACCUGGUCCAGGUGAUGCCAUCACCCCAAAUCUCGUCAAAGGACUCGAUCACAUCCGGAAUCCCCAGCUCAACAAGGGCAUGGCCUUCACUAUCGAGGAGAGACAGACACUGGGGAUCCAUGGGCUACUUCCGGCUGCGGUGAAGACCCAGGAGGAACAGCUGGAGCUUUGUAGACUCAAUCUCGACAGAUACACUGAUGAUCUCUCAAAAUAUAUUUAUCUCACGGGUCUACUGGACAGAAACGAACGACUUUUUUAUCGUCUCCUGGGGGAGAACGUGGAGAAGAUGAUGCCUUUGGUGUACACCCCGACGGUGGGUCUGGCCUGUCAGAAGUUCGGGCUGAUUUAUAGAAGACCUAGAGGUUUGUUCAUCAGCAUCCACGACAAGGGGCACGUGUACGAUGUGGUGAAGAACUGGCCAGAGCACGAUGUCAGGGCUGUUGUGGUUACCGAUGGCGAGAGAAUUCUUGGGCUUGGGGAUUUGGGUGCCCACGGCAUGGGUAUCCCCAUAGGAAAAUUAUCCCUGUACACUGCCCUAGCUGGGAUCAAGCCCCACCAGUGUCUCCCUGUCACCCUCGACGUUGGGACCAAUAAUAGGGCAUUUUUGGAAGAUCCUCUUUACAUCGGCCACAAGCACCAACGAGUCACUGGGGAGGAAUACGACGAGUUCCUGGAUGAAUUCAUGAAGGCCAUCAUCAAGAGAUAUGGACAGAAUACUUUGAUACAGUUCGAGGACUUUGGCAACUCCAAUGCAUUCAGGCUCUUGCAGAAGUACAGGGAUAGUUAUUGCACUUUUAAUGAUGAUAUCCAGGGAACUGCAGCUGUGGCUGUCGCUGGACUACUCGCAUCUCUGAGAAUUACAAAAACCAAAUUGUCAGAUAAUACUAUUGUGUUCCAAGGAGCUGGAGAGGCUGCACUGGGGAUCGCUGGGCUGUGCGUGAUGGCGAUGAUGAAGGAAGGGGUAUCAGAGGCGGAGGCAAUCAACAAGAUCUGGAUGGUGGACUCAAAGGGGCUGAUCGUGAAAAACCGACCAUCAGGAGGUGUGACAGAGCACAAGGCCCGUUUUGCCAGGGACCAGGAGCCUAUAGAUACUCUGGCCCAGGUGGUGAAGGGUGCGAUGCCCACAGUACUGAUUGGCGCUGCAGCCAUCGGAGGGGCCUUCACCAAGGAAAUCCUCCAGGACAUGGGUUCAUUCAAUGACAGACCCAUCAUCUUCGCUCUCAGCAAUCCUACUAGCAAAGCAGAGUGCACUGCAGAGGAGGCAUACACCGCCACUCAAGGACGCGCUAUUUUCGCCAGUGGAUCACCCUUCGAUCCCGUCACCAUCGACGGCAAGACCUAUCAUCCUGGACAGGGCAACAACAGCUACAUCUUCCCGGGAAUUGCCCUGGGAGUCAUCUGCGCUGGCAUGAAAACCAUUCCAGAGGAGACUUUCCUCAUCUCCGCCAACGCCCUUGCCGAUAUCGUCACUGAUGCCGAUUUAUUAUCUGGAAAUCUCUAUCCUCCACUACAAGAUAUCCAAAAGUGUUCAAUGAAAAUCGCGGUUGCAGUCAUGGAAUAUGCGUACAGAGAAUCUCUCGCCACUGUCCAUCCAGAGCCAUCGAAUUAUGAGGACUUCAUAAAAGCCCAACUCUACGACACAAAUUACAAAACUGCCCUCCCUGUUACCUACUCGUGGCCCACAUUCUGAAACCUAUUGGAUUUCGAUUGAUCCCGAUCAUGCAGAUUCAUCAAUCCCGAAUUUUUGUGAUUUUUAUUGAAUAAUGGAGUAUUUAAUGACACCAUAAUGAAAGUAUGAGGAUUAUUGUAAGAAAAUUUUAGAUAUGGAGAGCAUACUUAUUUAUGUUGUACAGAAUGGAAUAAAUAUAUCAACUAUACGUUGAGAGCAUUA